ACUACCAACUCCCGUACCGAGUGCAUCAACUCAAGAACCAAGUUUUUCUUCCGAUCUACCAACAACUAAAUCCAACUCACAAUGUCGUUCAUCACACGGGAAUACAAGUUUGAGAACAGCAUGAUGGUGCAGCAGAAAUCAGAUCAGCAUACGAUGGCCAUGCGGAGUCUGAAGAAACUGGUCAAACCGCUGCUGCGGCUGGUGAAGAAGAAGCAGCUCCUCCGGAAGACCCUCGCCGAGAUUCAGGCCCAGAAUGCAGUCAACGCCUCGCUGGAGGAUAUGCGAAAAGAUCCCGCCGCCAGUUGCGAUAACAUGGCCAACGAGCAGUUGGAGCAGCGACUGUACACCGAUCUCCGCCAGUGCCCCGACAACGUGGCCAUGAUCGUCCAGCAGGGUCAACAGCAGCGGAUCGUGCCCGUCCAUCCCGAGCAGACCUUCAUCCCGGUGCACUUUGCCCGCACCAGCAGUGGCACCUUCUUCUGGACCUCCGCCGAUGCCGUUCGCCAGCACCAGGAGCAGCAGCUUCGCCAGCAGUUUGACCGAUGGGUUCAGGCCUAGAUCCAGUCCUACGCCGAAAAAACAACCUCCAAUUGGCAGCUUUAAGUGCAAGUGUCUCCUUCCAUUGAUCGUAGGAUGAUCAGCUUCGCAUGUUCGUAAUCUCAGGGUGAUAUUAGGCAUAGAUUGGAUUCUUUGGUCACCAGCCCCAAAGGAAACGCAACUCUAAUUGAUAUUCAAUUGUCACAAUCAUGACGUUACUAUCGUUACUAACUCAUUGUGAUCCACCGUGUCUUAUUAGCCUUAAGUUAGUCUUAGCCGAAUCAUUGUCUUCCAUGUUUGUUUGUUAGGGUCUUCUAAUAGGGUAAGAAUCAUUGUCUUCCAUGUAAAACUCUAGCUAUAAGAUCGUAUAAGAAAAUAAAAUACACUAAGAAGAAAAA